UUUUUUUUUUCCUUUCUUGACAUCUUUUGUUUUUCAUUUUAUCUAUUUUACAUAAUAUCAAUGUUAAAGGUAAUAAUAAUAAUUAAGUCCUUUUUUAUUUUAUUUUGUAGUAAUAUCGAUUCUGCGAUAAACUGACUUUUUUUUUCUAUAUUAUGGUGCAUCAAGCGAGCUCUGACAACAGCAAGCAAAGCUCAACAACAGCGUAUUAUCCUUUCUGGCAUUCAACCUACUGGCACACCUCACUUGGGCAAUUACCUUGGAGCACUUGACAAUUGGGCUCGACUACAACAAAAGGAUACAUUGACAUACUAUGCUGUGGUUGAUUUGCAUGCGAUCACGAUGCCUCAAAAUCCUCAAGUCUUGCGACAAUCAAAACACGACAUGGCUACAGCUUUACUGGCAUGUGGUGUGGAUCCACAAAAGAGUGUCUUGUUUGAACAGAGCAAAGUACGUGGACAUACCGAACUGGCUUGGAUCUUCAACUGUAUUACUCCCGUGGGUUGGCUAGGUAGAAUGACUCAAUGGAAAUCAAAACUAGAAUCAAGAUCACCUUCUUCUCAUGCACAAGCUCUGUUGGAUACUUCAACCUCUUCCUCAGCUAGUCUCAAAAUGGGUUUAUUUGAUUAUCCUGUUUUACAAGCUGCUGAUAUUUUGAUAUACAGAGCAACACAUGUACCUGUAGGAGCUGAUCAAAUACAACAUUUAGAAUUAUCUCGUGACAUUGCCACUUUAUUCAACAAGACCUUCAAAUCAAAAUACUUUAUCAAACCCGAAGCUAUUAUCCCCCCAUCUACGAAACGAGUCAUGUCAUUACGUGAUCCUACAAGCAAAAUGUCCAAAAGUGAUCCAGCCGAAGCCAGUCGGAUUAAUUUAUUUGAUACACCCGAAACAAUUCGAAACAAGAUUGGGAAGGCCGUGACGGAUGGACAACGAGAAAUCAGCUUUGAUGUAGAAAAACGACCUGGGGUAUCCAAUUUGAUCAACAUUUACGCAGCUGUGGCCAGCAAGUCCGUGGAGGAUGCAUUGAACGAUAUGCAAGGAAUUCAAAGUUCACAACAACUGAAACAACUUGUGGCAGAUGCAGUCAUCACUCGGAUUCAACCUAUUCAAGCAGAAUACGUCAAGUUGCAAGCAGAUCCGGCUUAUGUGCAGCAAGUACUCAAGGAUGGUGCCGAAAGAGCUCAAGUAACUGCCGAUCAAACAAUGGAACAAGUUUAUAAGUUAGUGGGUCUUUAGUUUUUAAUAUAGAAUAAACUUUUCUUUUUUGGAUGAUCGAAAAUAAACAACCAUACCAAUAUAUU